AUGCAUGCUGUCGCCGCGCCGGCUUGGCCAAAGAAGCCAAGCCGAGAUGGAAGUGGGGAGGCGAAGGAGAUGGCGGUCGUGCCGAUUGUGCCGCUGGAGCUCGAGAAAGCUUGGCCAAAGCUGCCAAGCCGAGAGCUGAUGGGAAGACGGCGCCGCUGGAGCUCGUCCCGCUCGUUCGUGGGACUCCUCGGAGCGCUCGGCGGCCUCUUUCUGGCCACAAGGAGCCAAGAAACUUUGCAGGCACUUGCUCACACAUCGCCCAUGGGGACCCAGCGGAAAUGGUUCUUCCUGCUGCUCUUCGGCCUGGUGGAUGUAGGCCAAGCGUUCGUAAUCGACUGGGCUGAAGGACGCACGUCCCACGGCGAAGUGGGCAGGCGGUAUGUUCGACAGUCGGUGCUCGUGGUGGAACCCUUCUUCGCCAUCGUCGUAGGCUUGGCAGUGCAGGGGAACUCGGGAGGCUUGGAGGCCGUGCGGGAGUGUCUAGACUACGAGAAGUUCCUCGAGUUCGUCCCUGUCUGCCUCUUCUUCGGUGUGGGGAUGUCCAUGAAGAUGCGGGCGGUGGGCUACUUCAAUGCUGGCACUAUCAAAAUCUUCGGACAGCUGCGGCUGCCGCUGGUAGCGCUGGUCUCUGCACACCUGCUUUCGCGACAUUACUCUCAAGAGCAAUGGCAGGCCAUCUCCAUGGUGGCUCUCAGCUGCUUCCUCUUCAUGUGGCUCAAGGAGAGGCAAGACCGCAACGGUAAGGCCAACGACCAAGUAGAUGUCCGAGGACUUGUCUUGCUGGCAGGCUGGAUCUUACUGAACGUGCUUGGUGGCGUUUUUGCCGAACGUGCCUACAAGAGUGGAGACAAGCCUUUCUUCUCGAAGAAGGUGUCCGAGGACUUCGGGUACCUGGUUCUCAACUGUGCGAUGCUCUUCGUCAUGCCGUGCUGCGACGUGGACGAGAACAUCUUCGACCGCCAGCGUCGCCCGGGGUGUCUUUUCGACUCCUGGGACCGCCGUACAGUUGCCAUGGUGGUUAUGCUCAUGCUGGAUGCCACCGCAAGCAAUUGGCUCCUGCAGGAGUUCUCAGCGCUGACCAAGUCCAUCAUGAAAGCUUGCUGCGUGGCCAUAAUCUAUUUCAUGUCCCUGACCUACGCGACGGACAGGGAUUCUCGGCCCUGGAGCUGCUCCCUCCUCAACUUCUCAGCGCUGAUGGUUGUGGGGUGCUCGCUGCACUACGCAAGAGUGGCGUCAUCGCACUGA